AUGAUAAUUAUCUCGUUACCUAUAGGUCCUAUCCCCAUUAUUGUCGAGCCCGUCGCCUCGAAGCACACUGUUCUGGCAACCACGUCUCAGUGUCUGCGUCACUGGCAUCACGACCUCUACGAGGAUCUGGCCCCGCCGCCUGACAUCUUUUCGAGUCCCCACGCCAGCCCUCACAUUAGCCGCUCCAGGUCCUCACCCACCUACACCUCC